CCUCUCCUUUUCUCCUAAAUUUGUGUUCUACAGUGUAAUAAUUUACAAUUGCACAAACUUGUAUUUGCCUGGUAAAAUUUUCUGCUGUAGGGGACAGUAUGCAUUACUGUGGAAAAGAACCGGUUUGUCUUGCUAAGGUGCUGAGAGCGCUGAGAGUUCUGAAACUCUGCAGAUCAACAGCUGAAGAAUUCCUCUGACCAGUUCCCCAUGCUGGAACUUUAUUGUGUAUGGAUACAUGCAUGGUUUUUGUGUGUCUCUCCAUUGGUGUCUGUUCACAGUAACCUGGGGUGGCUGUACUAUGGGAUGUUGAAGAAGGAUGGAACCCUGAUCAUUGUCAAUAGCAUUGGUGCCUCCCUGCAGUCCUUGUACAUCCUGACCUACUGCCACUACACAAAAACACGGAGGCUUGUGUGGGUACAGACCUUCACUGCCAGUAUAGUGCUGUGUGGGGCCUGGGUGUACUUCAGUUUGUUCCUCACCCAAGGAGAGAGCCAGUUAUCCCAGCUGGGCUUUGCCUGCAGCGUCUUCACUGUCAGCAUGUACCUGUCCCCGCUGACUGACCUGAUGGAGAUUGUGCGAAGUCGCUCAGUGGAGCGUCUCUCCUUCCCUCUGACUGUGGCCACCUUUCUCACCUCUACCUCCUGGACCUUGUAUGGACUUCAGCUCCAAGAUUACUACAUUAUGGUACCCAACACCCCUGGAAUCAUCACAAGCCUUGUCAGAUUCUUCCUGUUUUGGAAGUUUUCUCCAGUCAGCCUGGACAAACCCACUUAUAAACUGAUACAGAUAUGAGAGGGAAUAACCUCUUAGUGCCUUUUCUCUCUCCACAGUGACAUCAGUGCUACCAUUCGGGAACCACUCACCAAUGCCUCAGCAGUAGUGAGGACAUUCUGUUUGCUACCAAGAGUCAUCAUUUUUUGUUUUGUUUUUUGUUUAAAUCUCUGGGCUCUAGUGAAAUCUGCUGCUUCGGUAUUCAUGAAUAUUCAUGAGUAUGCAGUCCUGCCAUACAUUUUGAUUCCAAAUGAUUGAUGAUUGUGACAGAGAUAUAUACCAUUAGGUUUGAUUCUUGUUAGUAAAACUGAAUGUUUUGGUGGUUGGGUGUUAUUUUGAUGUUUUUGUUACAAACCAAACUAUCAUUUUUUUAUA